AUGUCGUUUGCAGAGAAUUUCUGGACUCAGGAUUAUAACCUGGGGUUCCAAAUCCUAUUUGGACAACUAUACGAGGGUAUACACGAAAAUGAUGACUUCAUAGAUUUGUUCAAAAAAAGAAUGGAUCUGGAGAUGCUAUAUGGUACUUCUCUUCAGUCAAUAUCAACAAAUUCAAAGCCUACUAGCAAACGCCAAACCAAUGACGAUUACGCGUCAACAAUCAAGAAUGUAUACACCGAAUUGCACGAUAACUUCCACAAACAAGGACAGUACCAUAUUGACAUUGCCGAAAACAUUGAAACAAUGGUUCUCAGUCCAUUUGAAAAAUGGUGUAAGGAACACGAACAACGAGUUGGAUACUCUACGUCGACCAUCAACGCAAAAUAUAAAUCGCUAAAAUCAACACAGGCUCAAGUGGACAAGUUACAAAAAAAAUACUUCAACAAAUGCAGAAUUUUAGAAGAGUUUAAAAGCCACUAUUCUGAGGAGGAGUUGAGUGAGGAAAUGGGUGACUCUGAGUUUCACAGGAGAAUUUCAGCAUCCCAAAAAGCGGCCGAAUCCACUGACGAAGAUGGAGGUGAGGAAGGGGAAACCAGCUUUGAAUUUACAUAUGCCGAGUUUAACUCUAAACAAAUGGAAACUCUUUUGAAGCAAAUGUUGAUUGGUAUACCUCGAGCUGCACAUAAAGUUCCUAUUUUAGGAACAUACCAGGACGUGUCUACAGGAAGCUCCAUCACGCAAUGGGUUCUCGACAAUGUAUUUGAAGUUGAAAAAAAUCUAGACAAGGCAGAAAAAUUUGGCCAAGACUUAAUCAAGCAUGACUUUAUCAGAGUUGUUGGAUCAAUGGGUAAGUCAUUCAUCAAUUCGUCUCAAUUUUUUUACCAAUGGAAACAGAAGGCUUUUGAUGUUGCCCAGAUAAUCCCAAAUAGCAACGAUGUCAGUAGUAAUGGAUUUUCCAAGGGUUUCGGCACAUUCAAUUUUGAUGACGUUAAGGAAGCAAUGGGAGUUAGCGGUGUCGACUAUUCCGACAAAACACAAUAUCCUAAAUUGCUCAAUGAUGUCAAGUCUUUGGAUUUGCUGUACUUUGAAAAAGUUAGAGAGCUUGAUGCAUUGAGGUGCGAGUUUGAGGAGCUUGUUAUGGACCAUCUAACCUUUAUGCAAAAGUGUGAAUUAGACCGAUUGAAAGCUAUAAAGAAGGUGACUUUUGAUUUCAUAGCCACUUUUGCAAAUAGGGUAAAACAGUUGCAAAUGGUUACCGAUGAACUAGUCUUGUUAGAAGAAACAAUCAAUCCGGUGAAGGAUUUGAAAUUCUUGAUUGAGAAUUAUGCCACUGGCUACUUCAAACCGCAUGUGACAUUGUACGACAACUAUUACGACUCAAAUACUAGGCAGACAUUUGGUGUAGACUUGAAUGUCAAGUCUAGAUUAGACAAAAAGGUAGUUCCAAUAAUCGUUCAGUGUAUUUUGAGCCAUUUAGACCACACGUACCCCGACUUAAAGGAUGAUGAGGAACGGAUCAACCUUUGGACUCAACCGGUGCAUUUAUCUAGUGUGCACAAAUUGCGUUCGCAACUUAAUGACUUAUCUGACCCAGUCAAGAUUUCCGAGAUACUAAGCGAGUCGAAUCCUGUGGUUAUUACUAAUGUUUUGAAGUUGUAUUUGUUGGAAUUACCCGACUCAUUAAUUCCACACAGUUUUUACGAUGUGAUCAAAUUGUUGUAUAUCAACUAUCAAGACGGGUCGCAAAAGGCUACUCGUAUUAAUGGUCUUCAAAAUGUGCUAUCGGAAUUGCCUAAAUGCAACAUAGCUACUCUCGAUGCCUUGUUGACUCAUCUAAAGAGGUUGGUGCAAAUAAUUGGAGCAAAAGAUAAGGAAGCAUCAAAGAGCUUACAAGGUGCUCUUUGUUUAGAGUUUGGCAAGUUGAUUUUACGCCCCAAGACAAAUACACACUCUGAACUUUCAAAGAGCAGUUUCAACGAUAAGCAUCCUGUUAGUACCAUGCAAGACUUGCUUAAAAAUAAGGAAACAAUAUUUAAUGAACUCAGGAGAAACAGUUCCAAAACUAAAUCCAAUAGCGCUGCAAAUAGCGCUGCAAAUAGCCCCAAUGUUAGUCGCACUGGCUCCACCAAGACUCGUCACACUCCACCUCUUGCGCCAAGUGAGUCUUUGGCAGCGAAAUCUAAAUCUCGUUUGGAAUCGAGGUUGAAGAGUGCUAUUAAGCACAAGCAAAAUGGUCAGUCUACCGACCAACCAAAGGAGGAAGUCGCAGAAGCUCUGUCUUUUCCCCAAGAAAAUGAUGAUGCUGAUGAUGAUAGUAAAGCUCAACCAGAGUCUAGUAGCAAGUCCAGCUCAAGAUCCCGCUCUGCAACUCCUCCUCCAACGCCGGCCAAGUCUCCUGCGUCAUUAAAACGAUCAGUCUCACCAAAAAAGAAAAGAUUGUCAUCAAUGUUGUUGGAUGACGCUGUGGAGUCGACACCAAACACGCCGUCCAAGAGUAGAAGCCAACUGGGAGAUGAAACAGAUGCUUAA